GGCAAUUCGAAAGCCAAAACGGGAGAGUUGUGUGGAAAAUCGGGGUAAAAUUUUCACUCAGAACGUGAGGAACCGCGGCGAAGUGAGGUCAUGAGCCACCGGUAUGAGCAUGGAAAUACCAGAAACCGUGUCCCUGCGCAAGUUUCGCGACUUCUCGGCGCGCCAGAAGCAGGAGCUGUACGAGACGCUCCUCGAGUUGGCCGAAUCCAUCGAGGAGCUGCCCAAGAAGUCGCUGCGGAAGACCCUGGAACUCACACUGGCCGUCUUGGAGUACAAGGGCGAGCAGGUGCAGCGGCUGCAGGACCAGAGUGCUGGCGCUGGAGGAUCCUCUGACCGCCGCCUGCAGGACGAGAACGAGAAGCUGAAGCGAAUGCUGCAGAAGCUGGAGGACGAACGCGAUGGCCAGAAAAGCAAGACAAAGGAGUUAGGGGAGGAAAUCCGCCAGUUGGAGCUGCGUUUAAGGGAAGCAGCCCAGCAGGCCGAGGCCAGCGACAAGGACUCGUCGGAUCCCUUGUCCGAGUUGGACAAACAGGAGCAGCUACUCCAGAACAUCGACUCAAAGAAUAAACACAUCAAGAGGCUGCUCAAGGAAAUUGAGACGCUCCAAAACCAAAACAUAGCUCAAUCCAAGACCAUAGUGCUCCACGAACGAGAGCUGCAGAACAUCAAGGCCAAUCUUGUGCAGCUCAGCCAGGACAUCACCAAAGUGGAGCAGGAGCGGAAAUCCCUAAAGCAAAAGGAGCAGCAGCAGAGCCUGGAGAUCACUCGACUGGAGGGCAAUGUGACCUUCCUGGAGGUGGAACGUGAAAAACAGGAGUUGGAAAUGCGGCAGUUCCUGGACAAAUACGAGACGAAGUCACUGGGUUGGAGGCAGGCGCUCGAGGAUCGAGACAGGGAGUUGGAACGCCUCAAGAAACAGCUGGAGGGCAAGAGCAUCAGCUCGGUGCAGACCACUUCCUCCGGUAGCCACAGUCAACAGGAGGAGGAGCACGUAAAGCUAAGACAUCUUUUGGAAUCUCGGGAGCAGCUCAUUGAGAAGCUGGAGGCGAGGCUCAAGACGAUGGCGGAGGAGAUGGUCAGCUCCACCCGGGUGAUGAACCAGUUGAGCCUCGAAAAGGAGCGAUAUCAGGAUCCCGAGCAGCCGCGUGCCUGCUGUCAGCUGAUCGAGGAGCGGCUCCGAGUGGCCAAUGCCCGCAAUCUGGAGCUGUCGGCAAUGCUGGAGGCCUCCGAGCAGGACAAUGUCCUCAAGUCGAAGCAGGCACUUCAUGCCCUGAAUGCCCUGGAAUGCUACAAAAAAGGUGAGGAUGGCUUGGUGCCAGCACUACGACGCUGCUCGGGAUUGGAACAGAAGCUAGCAGGACGCGAUAAGCAACUAAGGACCUACAUCCAGGAGUUGAAUUCCCUGCACGAAGUGGUGCAGGAAAACGAGCUGUUGCGAGCCCAACUCAAAAUACCCAAAGAUGUGGUCAUUUUGGAAAAUGUGCAUUCCAAGCAGCGCAACAAGGACAAACAGAUCGAGCGGUUGAGCCUUAAAUUGCGAACUUCCGAGGAACUGCGUCUGCAACUGAAGCUGGACAAGAGUGAGCUGAGACGAAAGCUACUGGAGCUGCAACAGGAUCAACCAAAGCGAUUGGACGAAUCCUUGCAGGCGCCCAGCGAAGUGGGUGAAGUUCCCGCCAGUGUGGCAGUUCCCCUGGAGAAUUCCCCAAGACGUGGCCAGGGCGAUGGAGCAGCCAGCUCGGAGAUGCAAAACCGAUACGAUGAAGUCUUGGCCGAAAAUGAGACACUGCGCUCCGGCAUGUACGAGAUUUUGGAGAAGUUGAGGGAGUACGAUGCCACUUCCGAGCACAUAACCAUCGAUUCCGAGCUACUGCGCCGUCUAAUCGAAGCUCUUCCCAGUGGCACGGCCCCUCCACAGCGCCUCCAGGGUCAACUUCUGGAGCUGAAGGCCCGGGAGGAGGCACUGCGUCAAUUGCUGCAGCAGCAGAACUACAGCGACUCGGAAACGGGUGAAUUGUCCUCCGUGCAAAGUCUUGGCGAUGUGCCGGAAAUGCCAGAGGAACAUGCCGAUGUGGAGGAUCCCCAUAUUAAUACAGCCACAAGGCCAAGUUCUCCAACUGAAGCCACAGAGGGACUACACAGACCUACCAUAACAGAUACCCAACAGGAACCCAGAGCUGAGGAUCUGGCAGAACUCUCCAUUCUUCGAAAGCAUUACGAGGAACUGCGUCUUCACAUGUCCGCCGAUGGCAGUGAAUUAGUGAGUCAAAAUCAACAGCUUCACGAUAAAUUAAUAACUUUGGAGUUGCAACUGGAAAAGCAAGGGAAUUCCUAUAGUUAUAUGAGAAGAGACUACGAUCAAUUGCUCACAGAGUCGAGAAAACAGGAACAAAGAUUUAUAGAGGACAAGGCAUCCUUAGCCAUAAAUAUAGAGCAGCAAAAGAGUGAACUAUUAGCCACUAGAAAUCAAUUAAAGAAGGUUACAAGUAUAAAUUUAUAUACCUACGAAGAGCAGCAAAAGUUGGAGCAACGCAAUGCCAUUUUGAGUAUGCAACUUGGUCAGGCGGUGGAGCAAAUGCUGGGCGAAUUAAAACCCUCGGAUUUAUGUACAGAGUAUGGCAUUAUCAAGGAAAACUAUCAGUUGGAUUAUAUCACAGCUGAGGACUUUGAAAAGCAACAGCAGGAAUUGGUCAACUGGCGGAGUAAACAGGAGGAACUGCAAAGGGAAACCAAACAGUUGGAGGGUCUACUUCAGGUGGCCAACGAACAGAUUCAUUCCCAGCAAAAGCUACUCAAUGAGAUCACCGAUAACCACAUUAAUCUGCGUCAUCUGGUGGCAGAUCUUCAAAGUAGUUCCGAUGAGAAACUUAUGUUGGCCAAGGUUCAAAGGGAUUUGGACAGUGUCAAAGCUGAGUGCUCUCGCUUGGAAACAGAGCGUGAGCAACUGCAGCAAAAGGCGGACUCCCUGCAAAGCCAACUCUUGGCCAGCGAGUUAUCCUUGAAACAAACGCAAGAGGACUUCCAGCAGGAGCGCUGCAAUAGCGAUAUUAAGCACAGAUUCCUCCAGCAUUCCUUGUCUAUGCUCAAAGAUAAAUAUGCCAAAUUUACGCCACUGGUCUUCCUCACCAACUUUGUGUUCGCCUACCAAAAGUUCCAACGCCGCUUGGAGGAGGAGCAAGUGCAGCUGCGUCUGGCAGAUCACUCUGCCCUAAUUGAGGAAGUAUCCACAGUGGUUCAGGCCAAGAUUGCACCCAAAGAGGAGAGUUCCCAGCAGCUGGUGAAGCUCAUUAAAUCUGAAACGCAGACGAGACUCUUGGAACAGCGUUGUGAGAUUCUGCAGACCAAACAGGAGGAGCUCCUCCGGGAACUGGGUGAAUUGAGGCUACGUCAAGCCACCGACACCGAGCAUUGGAGUACCAUUCAGGCUUUGUUCGGUGAGGGAGUAAGUCAAACCGAAUCCAAGGUGGAUGCGGAAACUAACACGGAUGCAGUGACUCCAAUUCCGGCCAUGAGGAGAGCCGCCCAACUGAUCGACAGGCAAUCCUCGCCCAUUGGUUCACCGCUCAGGAAACAUCCGCAAUUGGAUAGUGCCACUCAAACGCAGGAGGAUACAGUAAAGCUCUCGGAAACGGCAGUCCAAACGAAUGGCAUUCUCAGCCAGCAGAACCAAUCCGUUCAGACCGCCGAUGCAGUGGAGGAUAAGGAAACCAGGAGAGAUUCCGUCCUAGAGCUGCAGAAAAUGCAGGAAACCCUCCUGGAAGCCAAUCAACGCAUCGAGGUCCUUGGCAAACAAUUGGAGGCUUCCAGAUCGGUGAGCCGCGAGUCCGAGAGUCCUCACAGUGGAGUGGUGGAGAAGACCAUACUCUCCUUCCACACUUUACUCCUCGAGAAGGAUCAGUCCAUACAGAAGUACCAGGAUCUCCUGCAAACUGAAAGGGAUCAGAGUCAACAGGCCAUCAGUAAACAGGCCGCUGAAAACGAAUCACUCAGGGCCACCGUAAACAACCUCAAUUUUAAUAUCAAAACGAAGGAUGCGGAAAUUCAGGAGCUCAAGGGGAAGUUGGAACUAAAGACCAAGCCAGUUUUGGAGCGUACUCCAACCACAGACUCGAGUUCGAGUUCCGAAAACUCAGUUAAUGAACUCACGGAUGAGAAAAUUGAGGAAUUAUUUGAGAGCAGCUCGGUGGAGAGGCCUCCAGAAGAGGUUGAAGUGCCAGUGGAAAUUCCAGUUAAUGAAGAACCCGAAGGAGAAGAGGAAAAACAGGACACUGAGGAGCUCAAGGAACUGCCCACACUUCAUAAGCAAAUCAAGGAUCUGAGGGACAAACUGGAUUACAAUGAGAAGAGCCUGAAAACUAGGGAGGAAGAAGUGGAAAUACUAAAGGAUAAGUUAAAACUCUGCCAGGAGCGUGAAAAAUCUGUGGAAAGCAAUGUGAGUCCCGAAUUGGAUCAGCUACGCAACUUUUUGGAUGAAAAAGAUAGGCACAUUAAGGAUUUAAUGGAUACUCUUAAGAACUUCCAUGACGACCAGCAGCGCUAUAUCAAAGACACUUCCAACUUCUCGGAGGAUCAGAUAGCCAAGCUGGCUGCCGAUCUCAAUCGCACGGAGGCCACCAACAAGAUCUACCACACCCAGAUGGAGGCACUGCGUCGCCAGCUGGCCAAUGUGACCCAAAGGGAGAAGCAGGCCCGGGAUCUGAGUCAAUCCCUGCGGCAGCAGUUACUCAAGCGACCAGUGGUGUCCAUUAAAACGGAGUUGAAUGCCCGGGUGAAGAACGAGAAUCAGCAGAAGCGCAUCCAGCAGUUGGAGUCCGAUCUGGACGAGGCACGUGGUCAGCUGCAGCGACAGCAAACCCUACUGGAGGCCAAGCGGACGAGGAGUGCCAACGAGGUGCAGCUGUGGGAAAAGCAGAAGAGGUAUCAGCAGCAGGCGGAGAAGACCAAGGCCAGGCUGGAGGAGACGGAGUUGGCCCUGGACAAGACGAGGGCUCUCCUUCAAGCAGCUCGGACCACCAUUGCCCGUUUGGAGAAGGACAAGCAGAUACUCGAAUCCAAGCUGGGCAGGAGUGGACCGGCGAGUAAUGGCUCCACCAAUAACCUCAAAUGCUGCCGCACUCCAUCCUGCCCCAAUCUCCAGCAUGUGGGUGUCAAUAAGUUCACACCGUCGCCUUCGGAAAGUCCGGAAACCUUUACGGGUCCCAGCAGCGAGUGCAGCUCUCCGGCUCAUCAUCCCCAGGCCCAUGAGAGUGCCCAUGACCACUUCUUCGACCAGAGCCAGGCGGAUCUCAUUGGGGCCCUCAAAUCCCGCAUUGAGUUGCAGCAGCGCAAGAUCAUUGCCAUGGAACUGGAGGGCAGGGGCAGCAAUGCCCUCACCACCGAGCUGGAGAAGAUGCAGGAACGGUGCCAGGCCAUCGAGGCGCAGAACAUCCGACUGGAGGCCCGGAAUCUCCAGCUGCAAUUGGACUCGGAUCUUCUGCGGCAGGGAGACAGCAGCGAUCGCUUGCAGAAGAGGAUCAAGCACCUGGAGGACUAUAUCCUUGCCCUGAAAGAGGAGAUGGCUCGCAACGAAUCGCGGCGAGAGUUGUGCAAGUGCAGUGGCCUAAAAGUGAAUACCAAUCAGGGCCAGUCGGCGGAACAGACGAUCCUAUCGCUUCGCAACCUGGUUGAGAAACUGCGUUCGGAGAACAAGUUCUUAAAGGAUGGCCGACGGUCCACGGAGUCCAGGAGCUCCACGGAUUCCACACCGGCAGAGGCGACGCGAUUGCAGCAGCAAAAUGCAGAGGCGCUGGAGAAGAUUACCGCACUGCAGCAGGAGUUACAAAAGCGAACCAAGUGCAGUCAAUGCGGUGGUCGCAGUAAGGACGCCGCCAACGAGGAGCUGAAAUUCAUCAAGGAGCAGCUGCUGAAGAAGACGCAACUCCUGCAAAAGGCGAAAGUCCUGUUGACGCGAGCUGCCGCCAAGGAAAAAGUUCUGAGGGAACAGCUGGCCUUGUGGAAACGAAAGUGCUCCGAGCUCCAAAAUGUGCCCGUUAUUGAUGAAAUAAGCGAAUAACCACAUUUGUAUAAUAAGAUGAAUG